AUGGAAUAGGAUCUAAAAGGAGCUGUUAUAUAAUCUCUAUAGACAACCGACGAUACUGCAAGGACUAAGCGGCCUUAUAAUAAAAUUUCUUCAGAAUUACGUGCCCAAAUUUUACAUGCUUUAACUGUUGAGAAGAUCCCUCUCUCAGAAGUAGCAUAGAUAUAUUAAACGAAACCCUGCACAUGCAAAGCCAUUUUACUUACUUAUGAAUUGGAGGGGAGAAGUGAAAAGAAAACUUCUAGAAGAGAAAGAGUUGAAAUCGAAUCGAAAAUUAGAAUAGUUAUCUUGGAUCCUUUUGGGAAUAAGCAUUCAACUUAUGAAAAUGCCAAAUUUUCAAAACUCUAUACAGAAGACAAAGAACUAAGUGCUAACGAAGAAUUCAACAUUUAGAAAAAGGUUGUUCAGGAGGUGAGUCAGCAAUUAGGUGAAUUAUAGACAAGUUGCUACCAUUUACAAUCUCAAUAGAGUUAAACUCAAAAUGAUGAACAUGCUCCUGAUAAUAUAUUAAGGGGAUUAAAUAUGGGUUUGCAUUUGGUAACAUCCAAAAUUAGAGAAAGUUAAAUUACAUUUAACAAGAAAACCAACAAAGAAAUUAAAGAGAUUGAGAAGCAAAGCAAUAAAGAGAACAAUUAUAUAAAUAUAAAUGAAAUACCAUUUUAAACUAAUUACACAUAAAUUUAGUAGUUUUUGAAGAAUGUAGAAAUCAAAUCGGAAAGCAAUCCCUACAUUUUAGAUUAAUUGAACCAAUUGACUAAUCAAACUAUUUUGUAGAUGAAACUAAUCUAAAAAAUUUAAUAAAGAGACUCCCAAAUAAGAUAAUUUCAAUAGUAAGUCGGUAUAAUCAUUAGAAGAUGUUUCGAAUGCCAAUCUUGA